CCCCGUCUGUGUUUGACAACCACGCAAACACCAACCAACGGCAAUGGCCGUUGAACUGCCUGGAAGUACAAAGCCGCCUUUACUUUAUUGACAUCGCCGUUGACAAGCCACUUUCUAUACUACUGUACCCAUCUCUCUCCCAUCUUAUAAUAUCGCAAAUAUGCCGGUCCCCGCAGGAGCAAACAUGUGCGGGCAAUCGACCUUUGACAAGCUGAAGAUGGGCGCAAUGAUGGGCGGCACUGUGGGCGUCAUCAUCGGCUUCAUCUUCGGAAGCGUCAACAUUAUGCGAUACGGAGCUGGGCCAAACGGCGUGAUGAGGUCUCUGGGGCAAUACAUGGCUGGAUCUGGGGCAACAUUUGGGUUCUUCAUGGGUAUCGGUAGCACCAUUCGCCAAGACGCCUCUCCCAUCAUGGCCGAGGCAUACCUCAAUGCACGAAGGCGCGCGAUGAUCAUGCCACGACCGCGCCCAACCGCGAAUUAAAUGGAGGGGAGGUGUAUAUGAGGAAAGAGGAGGGGGAGGCUGUAACGAUUAGUGUACAAAGACUGUGAUAUUAGCCGGUGUCUUCUCAAGACUCUGGGGAUAUCGAAAAUAUAUCAAAAGUCUGGGCCAACCAUGGAAGGGAGGAGAGGAAGGACAUGCAGCUCCAGAGUAUGCUGCGAUGGGUUGUUAUAAAAAUCAUAAAUAAACUUCAAAUACAGCACAUGUUCACCUCCUUCAUUGAGCUCCAGACAAACUUGCUUGAUACAUGAAAGCCAGCCAGCCUACUAUAGCAGCUCGGGUAUAAAGCCAACAACUUGCAUGCCAACACAUACGCCGAACCAUCACCGGCCUAUUUCCGAUGUACAACCGGUCCAUGCCCUUUCUCGAGCGGCGGGCCGGGUCGCCUGGUGUCUUCCUCUGACGGAAGGGGGUCGGAUUUUAUGAUUACCGGCGACGGUGCAGCUGCUUCUGAUUCCACAGCUUCCUCCGCCACCUUCUCCCCCCCAACUUUCUCCUCCACACCCUCAUCCACCU